UCCCCUGUCCGAACCCCCACCCCGAGGCCGUUUAAAGGCGAAGGCGGCGGCGCUCGGUUCCUGUUGUGGCAGCGGCAGCGGUACCGGUACCGAACCGGGGCUCGGUGCUGCCUCACCGCCGGUGCCUGCCGCUAUGUACCGCUAUUUGGGGGAGCUGCUGGUGUCCCGCCUGGCCGCGGGCACGGAGCCGGCCGGGACGGCGGCGGCCGCUGGUGGGGCAGCGGCGGUGUGGGGCGGGGGCCGGUGCCCGCGGCGGCACUACUGUGAGGCGGAGAAGAAGGAGGACAACCCCAACUUCUUCAAGAUGGUGGAGGGGUUCUUCGACCGCGGCGCCAGCAUCGUGGAGGACAAGCUGGUGGAGGGGCUGCGCACCCGUGAGAGCAUGGAGGACCGGCGCCACCGCGUCCGCGGCAUUCUCCGCAUCAUCAAGCCUUGCAACCAUGUGCUUAGUGUCUCCUUCCCCAUCAAGCGUGACAACGGCGAGUGGGAGGUGAUCGAGGGCUACCGGGCGCAGCACAGCCAGCACCGCACCCCCUGCAAGGGAGGUAUUCGUUAUAGUUUGGAUGUUAGUGUGGAUGAAGUGAAAGCCUUAGCAUCUCUAAUGACAUACAAAUGUGCUGUCGUUGAUGUGCCAUUUGGUGGGGCAAAGGCUGGUGUCAAGAUCAAUCCCAAGAACUACACAGACAAUGAAUUAGAAAAGAUCACAAGAAGGUUUACCAUGGAGCUGGCAAAAAAAGGCUUUAUAGGACCUGGUGUUGAUGUGCCUGCUCCUGAUAUGAGCACAGGGGAGAGGGAGAUGUCCUGGAUUGCCGACACCUAUGCCAGUACCAUAGGACACUAUGAUAUUAAUGCACAUGCAUGUGUAACUGGUAAACCCAUCAGCCAGGGUGGGAUCCAUGGACGUAUAUCUGCAACUGGUCGUGGUCUCUUCCAUGGAAUCGAAAAUUUCAUCAAUGAAGCAUCAUAUAUGAGCAUACUAGGAAUGACUCCUGGAUUUGGAGAUAAAACAUUUGCUGUUCAGGGAUUUGGUAACGUUGGCUUGCAUUCUAUGAGAUACUUGCAUCGUUUUGGAGCAAAAUGUAUUGCUGUUGGAGAAUUUAAUGGCUCUAUCUGGAAUCCUGAUGGGAUUGACCCAAAGGAACUAGAAGAUUACAAAUUGCAACACGGGACAAUCAUGGGCUUCCCUAAAGCACAAACACUUGAGGGCAGUAUUCUGGAAAUAGACUGUGAUAUUCUUAUCCCUGCUGCCAGCGAGAAGCAGUUGACUAAGGCCAAUGCUCACAAGGUUAAAGCAAAAAUUAUUGCUGAAGGUGCCAAUGGGCCUACAACUCCUGAAGCUGACAAAAUCUUCUUAGAGCGGAAUAUCAUGGUUAUCCCUGAUCUGUAUCUGAAUGCUGGGGGUGUAACAGUAUCCUAUUUUGAAUGGCUGAAAAACUUGAACCACGUCAGUUAUGGCCGCUUGACUUUUAAAUAUGAAAGGGAUUCAAACUACCACUUACUCAUGUCUGUUCAGGAAAGCUUGGAAAGAAAAUUCGGGAAACAUGGUGGAACUAUUCCAGUUGUGCCUACAGCAGAAUUUCAAGAUAGGAUAUCCGGUGCAUCCGAAAAAGAUAUUGUCCACUCUGGUUUGGCUUAUACAAUGGAGCGUUCUGCCCGGCAAAUCAUGCGUACUGCCAUGAAGUACAACCUGGGUCUGGACCUGAGAACAGCUGCCUAUGUCAAUGCAAUUGAGAAGGUCUUCAAAGUGUACAAUGAGGCUGGCCUGACCUUUACAUAAAUAAGCCAUUACCGCUCCUUGUUGUAUCCCAUCCCUCUUGCUGUUAAUGUACCCUCUUCUUGAGAAAGCUUAUCACAAGUUUACAUGUAACCACAAAAUUUUCUUUUCUUCCGACAUUAUAGUGGAUUCUAUUCUCAAUUAGUUUCAGUCCAAACUAGUCUUUUUUACAAUAAAAAUCCAUGGAUUAGGAUAUUGUAUACAAGUAUGUAUCUGAAGAUAACAACUCAUCUGCGCUUGUGGGGGCCAUUCUGGGUAUUUCGCCUACAAAACAAAAUGGUACAUUUCAUGUAUGAAAGAGUGGUCUUGCCACCUGAGCCACUUGUCAGACUUCAGAUCAGAUACUGUACUAGAUGAGCACUUAGCUCAUUAUUACUUCAUGCACUUUUGUUUAAGGAUGUAAUUUUGGCUUCGGCACUUUCAGUAAGGCCUUGUAUGAUCAAUGCUGUCGCAUUGUCAAGUCAAAAAUGGGCCUCUAGCAGGGAUUAACUUUGAUAGGAGUCUAAUUUUUAUUUGUAGUAAAGCUUCAGGCCUGAUUCUCUUUAGGCAAUGUAUUUUCUUUAACUGUGCUGCUGUUAUAGGACUGCCUUUUAUUGCUUGUUCAAACUAGCUUGACUAUCACCAUGAAGUACAUAGAGGUGACAGACUAAUAUUUUUAUAAGCUGAAACUAUUGAGCAACUUUAGUUACAUUUUUUAAUCAAGUAUCUACGUAACUGUUCUGACCAUAGGUUUUGGUUUCUUUAUUGUUUUUGGGGGUUUUUUUGUUGGCUUUUUUUCUUUUUUAAGAAAAGGGAUAGUCUGAAUUCGGUAAGCAAUCAUACUUAGGGUUUGGGGAAUUCUUUUGGAGUCUUCAGGGCUUUCGGAAAAUUAGAUACUGCCUCAGUGAACAACUAAAGUAAAACUGAACCCAGAAAUCAUUGGCUAAACUACAGAGGAACUAGAAUGCUGCUAUAAACUUCAUCACUGUCUUAACACACACAGCCUGUUUUGUGGGUUUGGAUUGUUGGGUUUGUUGGUUGUUUUUUUUUUGUCAUCAGGAGGUCUUGAAGGUAUCGACCAUAUUAGAGUACAACAAAAUGGACCUCAACACAAUAUUGGAUCAAGCACAGUUUUUAAAGUGUAAGGCUUUUGUCCUGUGGAGUCCCCUUGAAGUGCCAGAUGUUAUUUAUGUGAUGAAUAUGAAUGUUUUUUUAAAAGACAACUAGUCCCUCCCAGAAACUCAUGCUUUUUUUCUAACUACUUUGUAACUGCAUGACAUAACCUGGAGAGAAGAGCAGUUAUUAAAAGAAGUUGAUCUUUCCAAACCUCCUA